AUGGCUUAUAUCCCCGUCCUCUCCUCUCUCCCCGCCUCCCCUGUACGUGGAACUAUAGCUUCUUCUUCCUCUCCUCUCAAACAAGUACUCUCAGUUGCCUCUUCCUCUCUCUCUGCUCUCCGCAUCCCUUUAUCACCCCGGCCCCUGGUCCUCUCUCUCCCUCCCCCCCCUACCCUCGCCCCACCCCACAGCACCUACUUCCUCUCUCUCCCUGCUCUAACCUGCCCCCAACCCAACCCCAUGCCACCUCCCCCAUUCUCCCCCCACCCAUUCCUCUCCCUCCUCUCUCUCUCUCCCCCCAAAGGCUGCGGUGAGAGCAGCAUCACGAGUGCUGGAGCUCACUCAAGGCAAGCGGGUCGACACAAAGCAGCAUCACGAGUGCUGGAGCUCACUCAGGGCAAGCGGGUCGACACAACCGUGCUAGAGGGGCUGAUAGGGGUGGUGGAGAGGAAUAGGAGAGGCGGGAAAGGGGAGGAGGAGGAGAACAGCGGAGAUGGCGAGGGAGGGAGAAGGGGAGAGGAGGGUGAAGGUGAGGGUGGUGGGGAGGGGUUGGAGGGGAGAGAUGGGGAUGGUGGUGAGAUUGAUGAUUUGAUGAUGAGUUUACAGCCGUUGGAUCUGGGCAAGAUGGCAGGGGGAGAGGAGGCGGUGGGCGGGGAGGGUGGAGGAGAGGGUGGAGGAGAGGGGAAUGGUGUGCCAGAAACGAAUGGUGCUUAUAAGGAGGAUGGAGGGACGCAAGCAGGGAGUGGCGGUCCCAUGAACGAAAGGGAGGCCGCCAGGCUUGAAACCGAGCUGAGGAAGCUUCUGGGAAAGGCAGUGGCGUCAGGAGCAGGAGUGCCGGAGAUUUACCGCCUGCAAGGAACCUUCCUGGAAGCCGUGGGCGAUGCUGACGUGGCAGCGGAGGCCUUCCUGCGCCACGUGCGCUCGCUGCAGUCUGCCAGCUGGCAGCACGGCGAGCCAGAUGCGUUCCGCCAGCUGACACGGGCGGCGCUGAGGUGGACGGUGGCAGUGGUGCGAGGGGUGGCUGGGGAAGAGGGGAUGGAGGAAGUGAAGAGGGAAGGAGUGGAGGAGAGAGAAGGGGAGGGAGUGAGAGUGAGUGGUGCUGGCAAAAGGAGGUUGGCAUCGGUGCGCAUGCUUCUAAGCAACAUCUUGAAGCAGGGAGACCAUUUUUCUGAUGUUGGGGAGUUUGGAGAGUUGAAAGCAGCUUUGGGGGCAGUUAGCACUAUGGAAGCUAGAGGGGAAUAG